CCGCGAGAUCGCCAUAUUUGUCGGCGUCCCACGCUACAAAACACGCUUGCAAGGUAUUCUGUGUUUGUUGUUCGUUAUCCAAUUUUUGAAAUAUACGAAAAAUGUCGUACAAGGGACCGCAAAAAGUCCAGAAGGUGAUGGUUCAGCCCAUCAACCUAAUAUUUCGAUACCUGCAAAACCGUUCGCGCGUGCAAGUCUGGCUGUUCGAGAACGUGAACUUGCGGAUCGAGGGCCACAUCGUCGGCUUUGACGAAUACAUGAACCUCGUGCUGGAUGAUGCCGAGGAGUAUCACCAGAAGACGAAAAACAGGAAGCAACUCGGACGAAUCAUGCUGAAGGGCGAUAAUAUCACGCUAAUACAAAAUACAAAUCCUGGUGCAAAUUAAUGGCGAGAGGAAGGUUAUAACCUCAACCCGGCAUGAAAUUUGGCGGGCGGCGUGUUUGACAAACUGAUUUCUUGGACUGUGAGAAAAGCGCUCAGGGAGAUUGUUUAACUGUAAAAAUUCGGUAUAUAUAGUAAUAAAACGGUUUUUUAAACGUAAGAAAAAUUGUAUUUGCGUGAUGAAUGCGUGGAUGGAGAUUUAUAGUUUGUAAUACUUUUAGUUAUCUCGAUACAAAAUUCUACUAUAUCAAUACUGACAAAUGCGAAAUACAAUCAAAUUUUGUUAUGAAAUCAUCCGAUAUUUUAUGUCAAUGAAUAUUCCAUUUGUCUAAUAUAAAUUUUAAUUUAAAUUUAAUUUUGAACAAAUAUUUUUUGCAAUAUAUUAUCGUGCAUUGCUAGUGCUUAUUAGCGCUACAAACAAUGUAGAAUUAUAUCUUGUAUGACAUUUCUUGUGGAAACCUAUGCUGAAUGUGUAUUGUAUGACUCUAUAAAAGAUAAAUAGUAUACAUAUAUACACAAUUAUUAAAUAAUUUCAUAUUCUCUAAAAAA